UGCAGGGUUCAGAAAAAAAGAGAGAGAGAAACUCCGUUUGUAGUGUUUAUUUUUUUUUGACAUGUAACGCGAUAUCGUUUUCUCUCUUUUUUUUUAUUUUUCUAUUGUUCAUCACCAUGUCGAAUAAACAAGGAUCUGCUCGAGAUUAUGUUCAAUCUUAUGUUCAGGAAUCUUCUCUAAAGGAUGACUAUUUAAAAACCGAGCAACCCCGUUACGAUCCCAGUAAACCUAUCCCAACAGCACCCCAUCAUGAGCCACAAGAACAACAACAACAACAACAACAACAAGACAGCACAAGCUUUAAUAUCCAUUUACCUACACAGAACCCCAUGCCUUCUGGUGAAUAUGAUUCAGAUAGCGUACAAGAAAGACCUCAAUUGACUUUGACACCGAGUGAUUUUAAAGAACAACGUAAAGAUAUUCAUGAGACAGCACUUACUGUCUGUGUAGAUUUGCAUGAGAACCUCUUGAGUUGUUUUCAACAUGGUAGUUGGUGGGAUAAAGCUAAAAUGUGUGAAGAACAAAAACAAAAGUUCUGGCAUUGUUAUAACAAUCAAAAGGUAUAAAUGACAUAAAUGAAAAAAAGAAAGAAAGAGUGACUUAGUAUGCAUAUCAUAGCGUUUCUUGAAAGAUGUCAAUUACAAGAGUCCUCUUAACACAAAAGAACAAGAUGAUCAUAUUUUAGUAGCAGCCUAUCAACUGCGUAAUAAGAUGGAUAAAGAAUAAAUUUGAGCCUUAU